CGGUUUGCAGGAGCUAUCGAGGGGGAGGGCGCUGACGUUCAAAGAUGGCUGACGUGUGUUAAAUUGUUUGAGGAGAAGAAGAAAGCUGGCGGACUACAACAACGGAGCGCGAGACGGCAGCUAGCAUCCGCAGCUAACUAAUGUCACACGCCGGUUAAAAAACGGCAUUUUCGUCCCAAAUCUUCUAACAGCCGACACCACUUUGUUUCUCACCCACGGACAACUAGCCACUUCAACUAACGCUGCGUCACAUACGACGGACCAGCUAGGUCGCUAACACCUUUGAGCGAAGUAAAGGAAAUAUCGAGGUGCUGGAGCUCAACCUGCGCUAACUGAAGUUAUGCUAGCAGUUGACUUAGCGUGUUAGCAAACUAGCUUCAAGCCAGAUUGGACGUUCAGUGGUGCCUUAAAGAUGGAGCUCAGUAAGAAGUUCUAACGUUAUCACCUUUACCUACCUGUGGCUGCGGUCUUGGGGUCAGCACUAGUUGUAGUGUCCUGACAUGCUGUCAGACAGUCGUCUUGUAGAGAGAAGUGUCACCUUAUGAUGGCGCUGUACCAGAGGAAAGGAACAGUGAACGCCACCGAGCUGCUGAGCCGGAGGAGUAGAGGCAUCAGGGAUGCUGGGACCAUAAUCAGACUCAAUAUGAAGGUCCUUAGAGCUCUCCUCCUCCAGGACAGCAGGGAUUUCAUUAAAGUAAAGCAAAGCAAGACCUCCAAAUCCACAAUAAUGUAUGAGAAUGGUAAAAUCUACUUUGAAAACUACCAGAAAUGCUACAGCUGUGUUCAUUCAGAGCCUCAAGUUCUAUACAAAUUGUCAAAGAGGUCGAAAUUGGAGAAAUUUGAAGAUGCCUUGCUGUGUCAGAGCCCCCUCGACAAAACAUUACCCUCCCCCUCUGAUCAUAAACCCAGCCUCAUCGCUUUGACAGCCAAUAACUGGCUGUAUCGUCUCUCAGCUGAAACGGGAGAGGAGCUGCAGAGAGUUUACCUGUCUUCAAACCAUAAAUUCAGGUAUCUUGGCUGGGAUGUUCCUCAAGAGAUGUUUUAUGUUAAAUCUGUUCAAAACAAAGAGACAUCUUUGGCUCGACAGGCAGGUAUCACUCAGAAUACUGUAAUGCACCUGGCCAUCUUUCAAGUUUUUCCCUUGGAAAUUGUUGGCAUUUUGGAGAUCAACAAAAAGGUCUUUGGAAAUGGUGUCACCGAUGUUGUUCUGUCUCAAGGUGUCCUCGUGGUGUCUUACAGCAACAAGUCUGUGAAACUGUACAGCUUGGAGCACAUUGUCCAAAGUAACAUGACAGAAAAGUUAACACUUGGAAAGCCGAGCUCACUUCUUGGAGGCAAAACAGUGGGAGAAGUCCCGUUUGGUAUUCCAGUAAAUAUCCAGAUCACAGAUUGCCCUCAAGUGCUUUUCGAGGCAUCGUGCACCAAUAACAGUAUCCAGAUUGGAGGCUACCCAUGGCACUACAUCUACACACCACCACAUAAAAAUGACAGAGGGACACAUCACAUCUGUUCAGUCAAGGACAGCACCUUAGCAAUAAAUGGAAUACAGAACAUGAACUGCUGCUCUCUAGAGAGUGAUGGGAUCUUCUUCCACCCUGACGACUCAGGAAGAAUCAUCCAUGUUGGACCUACCAUCAUAAAUGUCCUGAAGAUCCUUGGUGAACUGAACAGUGGUUUGCCAUCAAAGAUCGUUAAGGAUUUCUUUAUGGUGACCCAUCGAAACAACACUCCUACCUCACAAGUCACCGUCACCUCAUCAGGCCGCACGGUGAAGAGAAGACUUCAGCAGCUGGAUGAUGACCCUGAUCAAGAGACUUUCCGUAUGGUGGAAUAUGAGGAUGAGCUGGACCUUUUGGCUGUCGUGGUAACUAAUGGGGAGGAAGGAGAGGGAAGAGCUCACAUUCAACUGCAUGACAACCAGAGCGGGCAGUUACUGCGGACGGUUGAUCUUGUCGAACCAUGGGAUGAGACCUUUCGACAUGAGUUGUUCUUCGACAAAGACACAAUAGUUCAUAUUGAACAAAAGAGCACCAACUUCUGCUGCCACGUCUACAAACUCAGGGCUGCCAGUAAUUAAGCUGCGCAAAAGUGAAUUGAACUCCUGGAAAGAAUCUACCUUUUUAAAGAUUAUGUACAUAUCUGUUUUGGUACAGCUUUACUGUAAAACAAAUAAUGCUGUUUUUCACAUGUGGAUCAUUGUAAUGUAAUUGACACUGUGUGUGAAUUACACUUGAUAAUGAAGUCUCUGCACUAUUUUACUGUCUUACACCUAAAAACAAUUUUUACAUUUAUUGUCUUAAAUAAAAAUGUAAUAUUUUUCCAAGUUA